CCUUAAGGAAAAACUUCGUGAAAUAGUUAAUAACUGGGGCAUCAGCGAUGAUCAGAUAAUACCAUUUGUCACUGACGGAGGAUCCAAUAUCAAAGGCGCAGUGAAACAAGAAUUUGGAGAGUCGAAGCACGUCACCUGUUUUGGUCACACUAUCAAUAACAUUGGUCAAGCGAUCAUUCAAAAUAACAAUGACGAUGCUAUCGACGAUGAUGAAAACGAAACGGAAGGAGGCACGCUAAAGGAUCUUUUAAAAAAGGCAACAAUGAUCAUCGAACCGACUACAGCAAUAGGCAAAAUAGCAAAAGACGUCCUGUUGACCGAGGUCCAAAAACGUUACGCAAAUUUGGAGGCGGUGAUUAUUUACGGUGUGGCAACAAUACUUGAUCCAAGGUACAAGAAGGCAGCCUUCGAAAACUCAAUCUACUGUUCGCGGGCUGCUGCUUUUAUUGGUAACUUAUUAAUAACCAGCCAAACCCAAAGUAAUGAAUCUGUGGAAAGUAUCGCUGAGCUUCAAACAUCGGACGAAGAAGGCAUAUGGUCAUAUUUAGAUCAAAACAUUAGCAACAGUCAAUGCAAUAGACGUAACGUUUCGGAAAUAAAUUCGGACCAGCUGCGAGCUUAUUUAAUCAGGCCAGCUGUUUCUCGAAAAUUAAACAAAAACCCUUUAACAACUUGGCAGGCGUUGAAAAAUGAUUUUCCUUUGCUUUUUCCAAUUGCCCAAAAAUAUUUGUCAGUUAUGGCAAUGUCAGUCCCAUGUGAGCGACUAUUUUCACAUGCUGGACUUAUAGCAACCCAGUUGAGGAACCGUCUCUCACCCGAACAUUUAAAUAUGUUAGUAUUUUUGCGGUCAAUUGAGGAAGAAAUGUGGGACAUAUGAGGCUAUUAGCGCAAGACUUGGUCUUGGUCUGUACAACCACUCUUACAGUGGCCGUAAAAAUAAUAGCACUUUAAUAUUUGGACAUGUUUUGACUUAAUUUUAAAAUAUUAUAUAUGUAAAAUUCAACAAAAUUUCCAAAU